GCCGCCCGAGCCUUUAAAAUCGCACGGAGAGGCUGCGCGCGCAGAGAAGCGGUGUGCUUCCGCUCGUGUGGGCAAAGUAGUCCCGGAGGGGUGGUCGAAGGUCGGCUCCGAGCUGGCGGCGAGGGGAAAGGCCGCGGCGGGAGGACGAGGACAUCUUCCUUUAGCAAGGCCACCGGUGUCUGAUGGCAAGGGGCUGCUCAGCGAACUGAGAACUUGGAGAACUGAGGAGACGCGUGACUUCUGAAUGAAAGCAGUAACUAGGUAUGGAGAACUUGGUGGCUGGCUCCACCCUUCCUCCACUUUUUGCAGAUGAAGAUGGAUCUAAGGAAGGUAGUGAUAUUACUGUGACUGGAGUAGCUCAUUCUGAGAGUUCAUUCACUGGUGGAGCUUCACAGUCUGUGAAUAACCCAGAUUUGGUGGAGGAUUUGUCACAGGUUCAGCAGCUGCAAAAUGAAUCUUCUAAUACUGCUGAAAACACGGAGCAGAAGCCUGAGGAGGAGCAGCAAAGAACUAAACGAGGAGGCUGGGCCAAAGGGAGAAAGAGGAAGAAACCUCUUAGGGACAGCAAUGCCCCCAAAUCCCCCCUCACAGGGUAUGUGAGAUUCAUGAAUGAGCGUAGGGAGCAGCUUCGAGCGAAGAGGCCUGAAGUCCCUUUCCCAGAGAUCACCAGGAUGCUGGGCAAUGAAUGGAGUAAACUGCCUCCUGAGGAGAAACGGCGAUACCUUGAUGAAGCAGAUAGAGAUAAGGAGCGUUACAUGCGGGAACUGGAGCAGUAUCAGAAGACUGAAGCCUACAAAGUCUUUAGCAGGAAAGCACAGGACAGGCAAAAAGGCAAAUCACACCGACAAGAUGGAGCAAGACAGCCAGUCCAUGAUCAUGAGAAAGAAGCAGACACAAAAGAGAGAUCUGUUUUUGAUAUUCCAAUAUUCACAGAAGAGUUUCUGAAUCAUAGUAAAGCACGUGAAGCUGAGCUGCGACAGCUGCGUAAAUCCAACAUGGAGUUUGAGGAGAGGAAUGCUGCUCUGCAGAAACAUGUUGAGAGUAUGCGUACUGCAGUGGAGAAACUGGAGGUGGAUGUGAUACAAGAGCGUAGCCGCAAUACAGUGCUGCAACAGCAUCUUGAGACCUUGCGGCAGGCACUCACAACCAGCUUUGCUGGAGUCCCACUGCCAGGUAGCGGAGAAACACCUACGAUGGAAACUAUUGAUUCCUACAUGAAUAGGCUGCAUGGUAUUAUUAUGGCUAACCCACAGGAGAAUGAGAACCUCAUAGCCACUGUCCGAGACGUGGUGAACCGACUUGAACGCUAGUGACUUGGUCUCGUGACCCAGGGAUGGUUUACAAAAUUUCUUUGGCCAGUGUGGAAUAAGAAGCCAUGAGAGAAAGACUAGGGGUGGGAGGCAGAACUGCAGGUUUAUGCCGAUUCCUGCCUUUGUGGUUUGUCAGUGGGACAAACAGAUCAGUGUUUAGCCACAGAUACCAGCACUAAACAUUUUGAACUGCCCUCUGUGUAAACCUUUAAGAGCAUGUGACUUCUGUGCAAUGUUCAUUUUCUUAUUUUGCUGGGUGUGUGCGUGGCUACAUUCUAUGGACUUGCUGACUAUGGAGAUGAAAUCUGUGAAAUUAAGUUAGCUUGUGUGUUGUAGUCAUGACAUUGUUACAUUACUUGAUGUCUUCUAGUGUUUUUUAGUUUUUCAUGUUUAUCUUGUAGCUUGACCUUCCUCGAUUUUUAAUUUUUUGAUCGUUUUGUAUGAUGCUUGCAGUACUGGAUAGCAGUGCUUGUGUUCUUUGCUAUAAUAGGCAGUCUUCCUUGGUGCACUGUCUUGUCCCAUCCUGCCUGCCAUUAUGUAAAGUGUUCUUCUGCAGAAUCCUGUUUUUUCUGUUAGCCUGCAGCUUCUACAAUGUGAGAUGGCUCCUUGCUUGUGACUGGCUGUGGUUGGUUCUUUGUGACUCGAUUCCCCUCUGGACUUCUUCCCUCCCCCUCUCUUCAAGCGCCUCUCUUGCACACAGCAACCUGCUCUUCCAUGCAGAUCCGCUGUUAUCUCUUGAAAAUGUUUGGUGGGAUGUUUUACUACCACACAGGUCAUUGAUAAUCAAAGUAGAAAGUGAAGGGUUAGCUCUUCUCAGUUGGAUGGUAAAAGAGCAAUCCUCUGUUUAGGACUAAAAAUUUACCUUUCCUCUGUUAUUUUGCUCACUCUCAUUGUCUGCUUACUUUCUGAGGGAAUGAUCUCACGGUGAGAGCAGUAUUCUAUUAAAAAAGAAUGGGUGGAGAAUUGCAUUUUUUUUUCCGUUCUGAAAUCAGUGCUAGGAAGCAAUGUGCCUGGAAGGGACACACAUAUUUGCAUGAAUUAUUAUAUCAGAAGGUUGUUAGCAGCUAGGCCCGCAUUGCAGCCCAGAGAUUUCUACAUUACAGUGCAUGAUUUUCAACUUUGGUACAGCUGAAGUACAGCCUGUGGAGCCUGUAGCAUUCAGCCUAUUAUGUUCCAGUGUGACCUAAAUGUCCUUUCACUUGCAUCACGUACAGCCUCACAUGCUAGUGACUGUAAUAUUACUGACUUACGGCUGCAGCUCUUGUCAAAGAUGGCACCUACUGUCUGCACUAACUUAUGCAAAUCAUUUGCUGCCCUUUGGUUCCUGUCAAAUUGCUAAUUCAGAAUGUGGUUGAGCACCUGUUGGACAUCUAUGGGCUUUAUGGUAAUGACGGAAACACGCUUUCUUCCACAUGACAAUCUCCUUGUUCCUCCUUCAGUAAUCUUUAAGGACUUCCCUGUUAUGAAUUGGAGAUUGCUUUCAUUACUUGAGUGCAUUGCAGUCAGGAUCACUUUUGUGCAUCUGUAAUGUGAGUAUUUGAAGAUUAAACAGCAGUUUCUUCUUUCCCACACUAUAUACAUGGACUUCGUGCUUGCCUGAAGCCAUCUCUGGUUAUGACCUUGUAUGUCAGGUCUCUGCUUACUUCUGGGCUUAUUGCUGUAGCCAAGCAGCAAGGAUUUCCACGUAUAUUCAAGUCUUCCUUCAGGGAGGAAACUCCUUUCUCUUGUCUUCAGGCUCAUUUUCAAGACUUCACAAAAAGAAACCUCGAUUUGCUGAGUUGGAUCACCAUUAUUUUCUGUAGCAUGGACAACACCAACUGAAGUUGACACGAACUUUUUAGUGGAUUCUGUAACAAACACGGGGGGAACAAUCUUACAGAUCGAUGUCUCCAGAAGAAGCACCCAUACCUUUAAUCUGUGUGUGUUUUGCUUUGCAGCAUUAGUGGCAGCUUAUUUUCAUUUAAAUUAAGCCAAAACGGACUGCAUAGGCAAAAGUUUGGAAAUUAAAUUCUAAAGCCGUCUGUGACAUCUUAUCCAAUACCUAGAGUUUCAUCCCAUAAAGAUUCCAGAAAUUGCUAUGUAGUGCGACAGUAGGACGCAAUUCCAAGCUGUUGCAUAUACAUUCCAUAUAUAAGGUAUGGGUGGCUGCAGGCCGCCUUUCUUAUAUAAAUUCAAUACAACUAUCAGCUUGUGGCAUUCUGCUAAUAUGUCGUUCUGUUAAGUAGCAUGUAAGUGUUCUUGGAUGGGAGAUUGAAGAUUAUAUUCCUAGUUGGGGGCUUUUGCUUUUUCGCCACAAGGAAGGAGGGACGGUGGUAUACCCAUCUGUGGAAAGUGAUUCUUGGUCACCGCUGAUACAACUGAUGUUUUGUCUCAUUAAGAUGCUUCUUAUUUACAUUGUUAAACCUUGUAGAAAUGUUUUUUUGUCUUUCCAGUGUUUUCUGAAUGUCUUUUCAGUUUACAUUUUUCAGUGUUGGAUGAUUUGGAGAAGAAAUAAAAAUGAUAAUAAUGUUGGUGUCAAGGAGAGGAGCAGGAUAUAAUACUUUCAUCACUUAAAGAAAUGUUAAGAGAAAUAUAUGAAAAAAUGAUGCAUUUCUUGGAUAAAUGUCUUUGAAAUUGUUGAGAUGCCAAGUUUUCUGUAAAAUGUUUUUGUAAUUAAACUUUUGGAGUCCUUUUGUUUUUAAGAAGUUGAUGUGCUGGUUGGACACUUGCUUCAUUAAAAUUGUUUAACAUUGAAUCCAUUCUGAUUCAAUUUUAAGUGCAUUUUCAUGAAAACUAUCAAUAGCAUUGCUUUCUUGUCUGAGAGAUUGUCAACUCUGUUAAUCUUUGAAAAGAAGUAUUAGAUAUGCUCCUUCCCCCUCUCCAUCCCAAGUGCAUCUCCCUCUGAAACGGCUAAAGCAGGUAGUUAUUUGUAGUGAUGAAAGCUUUGGAGAUUGUUAUAAACAAUUAUCAGGCUCCUUCCUGUCAUCAUCUGUUCCCAACUUGAGUAAACUUCCUAGAAUGUCAGGAACCUCUCACUCUUCUCUUUGACAUCUGUGUCCUGCUCUGAACUCCCUAAUUUCUCACCACCAUGUUUGUUUUCCCUUAAGGACCUUCUCUGAUUCUGUAUCGUAUGUGCUGCUCACCAAUUCAUUUUGUUUUCCCAAUUGAUUUUUUCCAUGCAUCUUUCUUUCUGCUCACUGUGUAUGGAGCCAAACUGUAAAAUUAUGAAAACUGUACUUUGAGUGUUUGUCCUCUGUGGUGGAGGAGUUUGAAUGAUUUCUGCCUGCACUGAUGCACCUUCUGAGUUUGCAGUGCUGUAAGCCACCGUGUGUUUGUGUUACUCUUCUGGUCACAUCUCACUUUGAUUGUCUGGUAUUUCUGUAUACUAAGAUGAUUCAGUUGCAUCUUCUGCAGCCUGGGACGAACUGCUUAUUUAGGUUAUGUUUAGGUUUAUUAUGCUUUGUUUUGGACAUGUUGCAGAACACUAAUUAUGAAAUGAUAAACAUAUCAAAAAUAGGAAUAUAACGAAGUCCCCAGUAUGAGUAUGGCCACUGUGACACUAGCUAUACCAGAGCUGGAGAUGGUGGUAGCAAAACUGGGGCACACUUGUG